CACUUAAAGAGAAGCGCCGAUCGGACGGCACGGACUUUCUCCACUGAAGAAUCAGCGAGAUGAGGAACGGCGCCGACCCGGCAUCAUGCGCUCCAGGCUCCCGAGGACCGCCUGCCUACUGCGAACCAUUGCACUCUGCAUCCUUCUCUCUCACACUGCAGCUUAUUUUGGGCUGACAGGUCGGGAACCCCUGGUGUUUUUACCGGGUCCCUUUUCCAAUGAGGCUCCGACGGGGAAGGCUCACCUGAAGCAGUGCGAGCAGAUGACUCUGACCCGGCGGCAGAAGCGGCUGUGCCGCCGGGAGCCCGGCCUGGCCGAGACGCUGCGGGAGUCGGUGCGCCUCAGCCUGCUGGAGUGCCGCUACCAGUUCAGGAACGAGCGCUGGAACUGCAGCCUGGAUGGCCGGGGCAGCCUCCUGAAGAGAGCGUUCAAGGAGACGGCCUUCCUGCUGGCGGUGUCCUCUGCGGCGCUGACCCACGCGCUGGCCAAGGCCUGCAGCUCGGGCCGCAUGGAGCGGUGCACGUGCGACGACUCCCCCGGCAUCCAGCACCGGGAGGCGUGGCAGUGGGGCGUCUGCGGCGACAACCUCAAAUACAGCACCAAGUUCCUCAAGAAGUUCCUGGGCCAGAAGAGGGUCAGCAAGGACCUGAGGGCCCAGGUGGACGCGCACAACAUCAACGUGGGGAUCCGGGCGGUGAAGAGCGGCCUGAAGACAACCUGCAAGUGUCACGGCGUCUCCGGCUCCUGCGCCAUCCGGACCUGCUGGAAGCAGCUGUCCCCGUUCCACGACACCGGCCGGCUGCUGAAGUACCGGUACGACACGGCGGUGCGGGUGCUGAGCGUCACCAACGCCGCCACGGGGGCCACGGAGCUGGCCAGCCCGCGGCGCCACGGCCAGAGCCUGCGCACCACCGACCUGGUCUACCUGGAGGACUCGCCCAGCUUCUGCCGGCCGUCCCGCUUCUCCCCGGGAACCGGCGGCCGGACCUGCGCCAAGGACACCAGCUGCCAGAGCCUGUGCUGCGGCCGCGGCUACAACACCGCCAUGCGCCUCACCAGCCUGUCCUGCCACUGCCAGGUGCGCUGGUGCUGCCACGUGGAGUGCCAGACGUGCGUGAGGGAGGAGGAGGUGUACACCUGCAAGAACCCAUGAGUCCCCUGCCGGACCUCGCGCCGCACGCCGUCGGUUAUUCACUCGGCGUUUCACGUUCUCUGACCGAAUGCACUGAGAGCCCGCUCUUCUGGGAGCGAGGGCAGCGAGCGCUUCGUAACGCAGGUACCGGACUGGACGGGACGCCGCCGGCAGUGCGAGCUCUGGAACCCACAGUGACUUUGUUGUAUUGUCGUCGUCCUCCCCUUCAUUUGACUAUUUAUUGUGCCGCUCUCGGAGUCCGUUGUACUGCUGCUUUUACACUUUAACUCUUUUGAAUCAAGUGUUGCCCGAGGGCUGGAAAAGGCCCUGAAAAGGAAUCCACCUGUCUGUCUGUCUCUGUCUGCUGUGUUGGAUUUUCUGCUGCGGAGAACUCGGUUUUCCUCUCAGCCAGAAAAAGAAAAAGAAAAAAAAAGCACUUAAGUUGCUAUCGCUAUAUAUAUAUGAUACAAAACGUGUAUUUAAUCUUUAAUAAAUAUCAAGUUUGCAGAGAGAACCACUGGAAUUUGUGAGAAAACAUUGUAACUACAUGCAUUAACAGGGUCACUGUGUAAAGAGAGAGAAAAAAAAAAGGAGCCGAGUUUCAGUUGAUCUUAUGGAAAUGUCUAUGGAAAUCUCCACAUGUGGACUAAUAAUGUGUGCAGAGGAGAACAAAGGCAAACACGCACUGUCUUUCAAAACCACUUUAAAAAAAAAAAAAAGCUACAUUA